UUAAGUCAGACCGAGUAAAUUAGAUAGUAUUUUUCGUGUUUAAUUGUUCAACUUUUUGGAUUACAUCAGGUCACAGGACUUCUAUUCCAUGUUUUGUGAUAUAAAUUUUUUCUGCAAAAUUUUAUGUUCAUACAUUCUUCAUUCAUAAUAUAAUAUUGGGUGCUUAUUAAGUGCACCCACAAAAAAAAAAGAAAAUUAAAAAAACGAACUGAAAAAACACCAAGAUAUUUAGAUGGGUAAAAUAUACAGAUACGGUAGAUGGGUAGAGGUCGAUGAUGAAGAUCUAUUCAGUGGACCUUAUGAUCAUCCUGAAUAUUUCGAUCGCCAGCAAUGGGUGGAUUUGGCUGGUGGUGGUGCAUCUGAUGCAACCGCCCAGGGGGAUGUCUGCCCUAUGUCAACAUCACGGGCACAUAAACCUUCAUUGGCUGAGGAGCGGACCGAACCUGAGAGAGCUGCACUUAUGGGCAUGAUAGUAUCGGCUCUUAGUCGUCCUGCGCACGGAGAACAAGUGGGGGAUAUAGGGGCUGGCCAGCUGUCAGAGUCUUUACGACGGGCGAGAGCAGAAGCCAGUUUGCCCCCGUCAGAAGCCGGACCAAGUUACCCCCGAAGGCCACCUAUGCAGAGCCGGAUUCCCCGUCCACCUGCGAUUCCUAGACCGCAAUCUGGCAGUAAACUCGCUUUACCACCUGAUUACUGUAUAAGACUUGAUAGACCACCAUCUGCGAGUAAGAUUCCUUUGCCACCUGGUCUAUCGAGAGCGGCUGUGCCCAGCAGAAUUCCACAACCCCCUGCCGACGCUAUUGAGCAUCGAAGGACACCUCAAAUUGCAAGACCACGCUCAAUAAGUAAGGUCCCUCUUGCAUCUGGGUUAUCCCGGCAAGGUACAGUCGCUAGACCUCCCGCAGGGGUUCGUCCACCUCCUGCUUGUCCAGUGCCUAGCGUUCGUCGCCCACCCCCAGUGGCCAGACCCAGUGUUGUUCAAAGACCAGCGCCUGUGAGGAGAGUUUCCCGUGGACGGUUGAUGCCACCACCGCAACUUAAGGUUUCCGCAUCUCGACAAGCUAAACCGAAAGGACCUCAAAGGCCUGGAUUGGCAAGGCAAAAGAAAGCAAUCCUUGAAAAGCAAUUACAACGAGAAGUACCCGCAAUAAAACCACAAACCCAAGCUCAGAAAGCUGAAGCGACUGUUUGCAAACUUAAAACGGAUUAUUCAAGAGCUGCCCAAGUCGCUAGAAAGGGUGCAGAAAACCCAGAUGACCUUCACAACAGAUUGACUGCCCUAAAAUCACAAAUAUUAGCAAAUCGACAAGCAGAAGGUCCUAUUGGAAGCGGAGAAGAAGUCGCAUUGAACCUUAUUUUAGAUUGGCAAAUAGCGACGGAAGUAGGCAAGGCGAGAAGAAUAGCCGAACUAGCGGAAUUAAGAAAACAGAGAAAACAAGAGAAAGCAGAGGAGUUGGGCCUAGAAAGAGGAGUAGAAGCUAUACAAGCUCCAAUUGAACCUCCCGUUAUCGUUUGCCAACCGCCUACUGAACCAGAAGCUGAACCACCUAGAAGGGUACCUACACAUGGGUCUAGUCGUAUCGCUCCAAGACCGACAUCACAAAAAUCUGCGGUACGUACUGCUUCUCAAAAAUAUAUUGGAGCAACGGAUGUUGUGGGACGGAAAGCAAAAGCCAGGCAGCAAUAUUUAAGAGAUGUAGCUGAAGCUAAACAGACCAUAUCAAAUCGACAAGCAUUGGCUGAGAGGCUUUCAUCCUUAGAGAGUGAGUAUCAAGCUAAAGUGGAGAUGAUCGAAAGAAAAGAUGCCAAUGUUCUCAAACUGAAAGUGAAUUAUCUGAAAGCUGCCAGACAAGCUCAAUCGAGUGAAGUGAAUCCCGAUCAACUUGAACAACGAUUAGCUGAUCUUAAAGCCCAACUAGUGGCCAAUCUUCGAAGACUUGAUAUAGAGACAGGAGGAGAUGGUAAUGAUUUAGGUCUUCUUGAAGAUUGGCAAAUAGCUGCAGAUGUAGAAAGAGCAAAGGUAGUGGCUGAAAUGGUGGAAUGGAAUAAGGAAAAGAAACAGCAAGAAGCGGAUUAUGCACUAGCAAUGGAGCGCCAGAAAUGGGAGAGAGCAGACAGAAUGGCCCAAGUUGCAAAGGCAGCAAAAGCUUCAAGAGAAGCUGCUGCAGCGAAGGCUCAACAGAUGCGAAGGAAGAGCAUGGGAGCUGCUCUAGCACCUCCACCGACGGCAGGUCCUUCAAGGAUGUCACUUCCUGGGCCAGCUGCUGUCUGUCCAGUUCAACCAAGACCAGCACCUAGGAGAGCACUUAGUCGAGCACCUAGUGAAGCAUCUCAAAGGAUUCCUGCACCUGCACCUAGACGAGUACCUAGUCGAGCUCCUAGCGAAGCAUCUCGGAAAAUACCAACUCCUGCACCUAGGCGAGUACCUAGUCGAGCUCCUAGCGAAGCAUCACGAGGAGUGCCUGCGGCAAGGUCUAUGAGGACACCCAGAGCCACUGCCAGAGUAGCACCACGUGUAUCUGCGCAAUCUGUUGCACGUACCGCUUCUCAGAAAUAUAUAGGAGCAACAGAUGUUGUGGGACGAAAAGCAAAAGCAAGACAACAGUAUAUGAGAGAUGUAGCUGAAGCAAAAGAGACUAUAUCAAAUCAACAAGCACUUGCUGAAAGGCUUGCGAUGUUGAAAGACCAAUACCAGGCUAAACUGCUCCUGAUUGAAAGAAACGAUGCAAAUAUUCUGAAGCUUAAAAUGGAUUAUCUGAAAGCUGCCAAACAAGUCCAAAGGAGUCAACUGAACCCCGAUCAACUUGAACAACACUUGGCUGAUCUUAAAGCCCAACUAGUGGCUAAUCUUCGGAGACUUGAUAUUGAAGCAGGUGGAGAUGGCAGUACAUUAGGCCUUCUUGAGGAUUGGCAAAUAGCUGCAGAUGUAGAAAGAGCAAAAGUAGUAGCUGAAUUGGUGGAGUGGAAUAAGGAAAAGAAGCAGGACGAAGCCGAUCAGGCACUAGCAAUGGAGCGCCAAAAAUGGGAAAGAGCCGACAGAAUGGCGCAAGUUGCAAGGGCAGCAAAAGCUUCAAGAGAAGCUGCUGCAGCGAGAGCUCAGCAAUUACGAAGGAAAACUAUGGGAGCUUCACUACAAGCUCCACUCGCAGCAGGCCCUUCAAGUAGAUCACUUCCACCUCCACGUGCUGAUAUAGAAGUUGCUCGUCGAAGAUCACAAAUACCCAUUCCAAGAAGACCACCAGGACAACCAUCUAGACUUUCAAUACCAGUUGCUGGUAGUCCUUCAAGUAGGUCACUUCCACGUCCACGUUCUGACGUACAGGUUGCACGUCGAAGGUCACUAAUCCCAAUGCCUAUUUCGAGAAAACCAUCUGGACCAGUUGUUUCACGGCCUUCAAGUAGAUCGCUUCCACAUCCUCGUGCUGACAUGCAAGUAGCUCGUCGAAGAUCAUUGAUCCCGGCGCCUGUGUCAAGGCAACCUUCCGGUGACCCAUCUAGGCGACUAUCAAGACCAUCUGUUGCAUCAGUUAGACAACCUGGUGAAGGAUCUAGACAGCAGAGGUCUAGGCGAAUGCAGAAGUCUAUUGAAGCUCCAAAGCCACCUCCCCCGUCAAAACUUGCACGAACUGCAUCUGAAAAGUACAUGGUUGGAACUGAUUUAGUGAAAUUGAAGGCAAAAGCAAAACAGGAAUAUCUCAAAGCUCUUGAUAAUGCAAAGAAGUCAAUCAAGAACCCAGAAGAACUCGCGAGGCGCCACAGGGGAUUGAAGGAACAUUUCAAAUUACUUCUCGAAAAUAUAGAUCAAUUAGAUGCAGAUAAGCAUAAAGCUAAGGCGAAAUAUCUUGCUGACGUUGAAGCUGCUCGACAGAAUAUUCCCGACCCCGCGGAAUUUCAAGCUGCUUUAAGUGAGCUACAAGAAAAUCUUGCAGCAAAUUUAGUGGAGUUGGAAUUGGCCGCAGGAGCAGAUGUCCGUGAUGCUCCCAAUAUAUCUCACAGGCAAGUUGCAACAGAUGUUGCCAGAAGACAACGAUUGGCGGAGAGAGCGGCGAAACGGAAGAUGGAAAGAAUGCAAGAGGAAGCAGAAGCUCAAGCUUUUGCUGCUCGAGUAAAAAGAUCAAGAGCAAGCCUGGCUGCACCGAAACCUGCUGCACCUGCCCAACCAGCUCAACCCUGGGUAGGAAGAUUAGCUGCUCCUCCAGGAAGGGCCCCUGUAGUAGAUCGAAGUAAAGGGUCAAUUCCUAGAGAUCGAGGUACACCCAAGGCACCAGCGGCACCCAGGCUUGUUCUACGUAAGAAGGAGCUUGAUCCACGGUUGCAACAAUUUUUGAAAGAGAAGAAAAGAGCCGCAAGGCAGCCGAAGGUAAUGAAAAAAGCAUCCGAGAAAUAUGUUGCUGCUGCAUAUGAUAUUAAAGGCCUUCAAGUAGAAGCAAAGAAAAAACUCAUAGAAAAGAUAAAUUACUUGAGGCAAGUGAUUCCUGAUGAUGUGGACUACCAGAACCAGUUAAAAAUCUUAGAGGCUCAGUAUACAAGGAAGUUGCACUUCAUAAAAAAUCUGGAAACAUACAGGGCAUCCCUUCAAAGGAAAUAUUAUCAAGACGUGACUAAAGCUAAAGAAACUCACAAAGAUGAAGACAGGCUGAAUGAGGUCCUAGAUUUCUUGAGACAAGACUUUGCUAACCGACUAGGCUACAUAGAAGAACAAGCCGGCAUAGAACGAAAACCCGGCAUUCAGUCGCCAGACGCAAGAGUCAAAUCUGAAGUUAUGGAAGUCGUCCGAAAAUCUGUUGGCCCAGGAAUGGAUCGUCCAACCUUGGCUGAGAGACAAUCUCUAGCUGGUAGACGUCCGGAGCCGCCACCUCCUCCCAAACCAAAAGUAGUGAAAACUAUAAAAGUGCAUCCUUCAAGAAAAGGCAUACCGCGUCGAGGUGUGAUGCAAUUGGUAGUACCGCAGCAAGUUGCAUCGGAAAUGAAGAAUUUCCGAGAGGUGGCCAAACGCAAAUAUGAAGAAGAUGUAGAAAACGCAAAAAGAACGGUGAGAGGUCAAGAAAUUCUAGAAGCACAUCUGGGCAGGCUCCAAGAGAAAUAUGAGGCACAACUUAAAUUUAUUGAAAGGUUGCCAGAAAAACGGCAGCAGCUUGCAGACAACUACGCUCUGGCUCGGGCCUCAAUUAACUCGGCAUACAAGACUAAUACAAAAUUACGUGACAUAAACUUAAAAGCUGUUACAGAACAAUACAAGGUCUCACUUGCUCAACUAAAUGAUCUAGCUGCAGGCCGUCUUCCUGGCUCCCCUGACGAUCAAUUCGACGAAUUGGCCCAAAAAAUAUUCAUUCCUCCUGGAAUACAAGCAAUUCCUAGAGGAAGAUAGGACACGCCCAAGAAUUCUUUGCAAGAAGUUUCCGUCUUUUACUGGGAAUAAUUUGAAGUACUCAAGGCAGAGAAAGUUCAAGCGAAAAGUAAAAAAGAAGGCGUGAAAAUAGGAACCAUGCGAAACCAUCUUAGAAGUUAUGCACAAUCAAAAGAUGGUGAAGGUGCGACUUUCGGAGAAAGGAUUGAAUCCGCUUGCUAGGCAAUGUCAUUGAAAAAGAGAUCAUAAAUGGGGUAACUAUAUCAGUGGUACAACGUUGCAACAUGCAGCUCCAAGCGGAAGAGUAUGCAAGGCAAACUAACAGGGAUACCCGGUGAAAUCUAUAGAUCACCAAGUUUAGACGCUAUCAAUGAUGAGACUUACAUCUACUUUCGAACCACAGCCAUAUCCAUAGCGUUUUGCCCCAUCACAUCACGAAAAUUACCACUGCAAAGACUGAAAGCAGGAGCGAAGAGUGUGUCAUGAUCCAGGGAUCGCUGCACUAGUAAAGCAUUCCGCCCCAGACACUCCAAGAGUAAAAUGGAACCGGUGAUCCAGGGAAGAGACACAAACUUCUCACAAUGGUCGCUAGAAUACCCCGUGGAAGGCGUAAGACUUCGUGAAAAGCAUCCUGCCAAUUUCUGCAGAAACAUGGUAGAUACCCAGACCAUGCAUGGAAGUCGUACCAGUUUAAAUGUGUAUAGCGUUUAAAAUAUGAAUUUUGAAUGUAUUGUACAAGUGAAGUGCCUUAUUUAUUUGAAUAAUAUGUAUUUUCUCAAUAUUUAUAAGACAUAAACGUAACUUGCAAUGAAAAAUAAACCUAAAAACAGGAAACAAUUAAAUACA